AUGGACAGACAAAGAGCCACUUCUCAAAUUGCGGCUCCUCCAUACAUGGACGGCGGGGAACCCGGCGCGACUAGAUGGGUUCUUCGAACACGCUACGCUCUGGACAGACGAUUGGGCGUACUGAUCCAGGGUCUUGCACUGAAGCACCUGAAUGGUCAUCUGCAAGAGGUUCUGUUGGUGGAAGGGUGUACUUUGUCAGCCGGUUUAUACAGCGUGAAUCCAGAAGGCGUUGGUCGGCAUGUGCCAAUGAACGACUCCUGUAUUUCAAUUCAAAGACGUCGUUUGUGCACUCUCCUGAAGACGAACCCACCUUCUGUCCUGAUAGUUUUUCGUAGCUUUGAGGAGCUCGAAACUAUUGCCUCACAGCAUGCCUCUGUUGUGGAUGUUGUUGGGAGGCUGGUAUCCGCAACUCCUAUAACCUAUUAUCAGAAACAAGACCGUUCCAUUAAGCGUCAAGUUGUGGUAAUUGAAAAUGAAAGGGAAGUCUCUUUAUCAAUCACUUUAUGGUCGAACUUUGCCGAAAGACUGAACCUCCCUGAACUCAUUGAGCUCAAUGGCGCAGCACCUGUGAUUGUGGCAUUCACCACCUACUCGAAAACUUACAAUAUGCAUCCGGUCUCAUUUGGUGUAGGAAUUGUCGGAGCAUCUAGCACUUCUGCUACUCGCAUUGUCCUGUCACCAGCAGCCCGAAACACUGCUAGGCUCACUGCGCACUUCGGAGAUGCUGUUGCCGCCAUUGGCGUUGUGCCAACUGAAUUGGACACCCCUGAAAAGGCCGCAACUGUUUACCGACAAUCGUUCAAAACAAUUACGGAGCUGCAGACUAUCCAGUCAACUGCUACAAUGGGGGGCAAGUUUCGGUGCAGGGGCAAGAUUACUGACUUGGAUACAUCUCGUGAUUGGUGCUACCUCGGGUGUGCAACCUGCUCUAAGGCUGCUGUUCGAUGUGAUGCACCUUACUGGUGUGCAAAGUGCGAUGCGACGGUUCAUCCGCACCAACUAAAACAAUGUUUUCGCGUGAGAUUCAUGGUCCAUGAAGGUUCCGCCUAUGCCCCUUUUAUAAUGAUUGGUCAGGCUGCAGAAACCGUCCUCAAGGUUUCAGCUGGCACGCUCCUUGCUACUGCACCCGAUAGGACAAGCUUCAGACCCGAUAGAUGA